UCAAAACGCGGUCGCGACUGCAACACAGCCCACCACCUGAUCGAGUCCCAGCCUCUUCAUUGUUCUCAUUUCCCACCCCAACAAAGCCAAGCACACUCAACUUCCGCGAUAACCCCAGCCAAAUCCGCAACUUCACUUGGUCUCGGAAUCACUGAGCACAACAUCGACGUUACAAGCGCUGAUUGUUGUUCCCAACGGAAGACGAAAUGUCGGGCCCUCGCACAAAGCGGCAGUUCGCCGGGGCAGCCAGCGAUCCCUCACAGCGCCAGAUCACAUCCUUCUUCAAAACCACAUCAUCGACGUCCACUAGCGAUGGUGCCAGGGGGGCCUCCAAGCAGUCCACCUCCCGUGGCCCCGCUCUCCCUCCUCAAGUCCAAACGGAUCUCCUGACCGUCGGCAUGCGAGUCCGCAAGGCCGUUCCCGAGGGUUACAAGACGGGCAGCGAGUACGGCGCCUUCACACUCUGGGCCGAGAACCACAACGGCAGCGCCACGAACCCCUCCCGCCCAGCUUCCUCCGUACGCAGCACAACAACAUACUAUUCCCCCGCCAUGCGCGAGCUCGAGCCCUUCUGCGGGAUCAACAAAGUCGGCGGGCUCGCCUUCCAGCCCGCCUACACCGCCCACCCCCGCACCGACCAAGCCAGCUCCGACGCCAUGCCCGACUUGACGAGCAGCCAAGACACCGUCUCCAGCAACGGAAGCUUCCGUUCCCCCUCAUUCUCCCCGGCCACGCUUCCCCUCAACAUCACCACCACCGCCGCCGGCGGCCCCGUCUCGCUCCCCACCCGCAAGCGCUUCUUCACCUCGGAAGAGGACGAAGACGACGACCCCGCGAGCAACCCGCUCCAGCACGCCGGUCCGUUCCGCCUCAGCAGCGACAACAGCCCGCCGACGCGCUGGCUGGACGAGGAAAUCUCGCCGCGCAGCCUGGCGCCGCCGCCGGGGGUGUGGGAGAACGCGCGGGUGCUGGCCGUGCCGCGGCGGCCGCGGCAUCUCCGGAAGGGCGGCGAGGCCGAGGCCGAGGCCGAGGAGCAGGAGAAUGUGAUGAAUAUCAUGGCUGUCGUGCAGGGUAGUCAGGGGGUUGUUGAUGGUGGGGGGAGUGAUUUUGAGGAGGCGAGUUUUCUCGACUACGGGGGCCUGAUGGCGGACGGGAGGAUGGAUGUUGAGUGAGCAAGUGCUGGGAUAUGCUCGGAGGUUUACUGGGAGACGCAAUGGGUAGUAGCGGGGCGGUUUCUGCAUUGCCAUUUGUUACGGCGUUCAUGGAUGGGGUGAUGGGUCUGCGUUAACCAGGUGUGGUCUGCUCUGGCUGGGAGGGACGGAUGUUGCAUUAUACCAUGGUUUAGGAGGCACGAUUCCGAUAUUGGCUUGCCUACGUUU